AUGGCAAGUGUCACAAGUCCGUACGUAGUCCUUCACGAAUUGAGCCAUACCGUACCAGUGAUAGUUGCGCGACAGCAGCUCGACCGUCUUCCAAACUCCAGGAUGUCCUGCCAGAGGAGAGUCGUGGUGAAGCCGUACCAGCUCGGUCCGCAGCUCCUGAUCAUUCGGAAUGUAGAUCUUGCCUCGAUACUGGAGGAGAUCCUGUUCGAUGUUCCAAUCGACCAGGUCGUUUCGCAGUGCUGCAGGACCAAGCUUCUUCACAUGCUUCAGGGCUUCCACGACCGCAGGUUCGAAGUUCUGACACUCCUGGAUGCACUUCAGGAGAGCCUUGUCCGGUACGACCGCAAGGUGUCCUCGUUGACUCGCCAGGAUACGGAACUGUUCGGAACAGAGCACCGUUCUAGCCAGGUUGUCUUCACCAUCACCGUGCUGUUAGUCCGGUCGUCUCGACAGCGCGUCCGCGCGUCCGUUAGAGACACCAGGCUUGUGGGUGAUGAUGAAGUCGAACCGCGAUAG